AGACCCAAAAGCAUCACGAGGAGAGAUAUUAUUCAAGGAGAAACAAAAAUGGUACUGCUUGAGAAGCUGUGGGAUGACGUAGUCGCCGGCCCUCAGCCGGAGCGUGGCCUUGGCAGGCUCCGGAAGAUCACCACCACUCAGCCCUUGUCAAUCAAAGACGAAGGUUCAUCUAUGGCGAUGCCGACGACACCCACGACGCCAACGACGCCGGUGUCGGCGCGUAGGGAGAACGUGUGGAGGAGCGUGUUCAACCCAGGUAGCAACCCUGCUACCAAAGGUAUCGGCGCUGCAGUUUUCGACAAACCAGCUCAACCCAACUCUCCAACUGUUUAUGACUGGCUUUACAGCGGGGAGACCCGGAGCAAGCACCACCGCUGAGUGGCGGAGGAGGAGGCUAGAGAUCAUCUAGAAGAAGGUUGCUUUCUACUAAACCAGAAGUGGUGUUGCAUGUAAUAUCGUCUUGUUUUAGUAGUAGUAAGGUCCCGCCCGCUGCUAAAUAAGGGAAUAAAUGAAAAGGGUUAUGUUUGAAAGUA